GAGAAACUCAGCCUCGUCUUCUAAUGGAAACUCUCUCUCUGUCUCUCUCUGUCUCUUCGUCUCUCAGUGUGCGCGCUUUUGAUUCCAGGGCUCUUUUUCACUUGUUUGCACGUGAAAAUUUUCUUGUCGUCCCAAAUGAUUGGUUUUGUGAGUGGCUGCUACAUUGUGUUGUCUCAGUAAUUAUGGAGGUGAUAAUGGAAAGAUGUUUUUUAAUCCAAUAAAGGAAUGUGCUAUUACCUUAUAGGUUGAUUUUUGUCUAGGAUAUUUAUUACGACAUAGUCUGAGAUGAAGGGGCGUUGUUUCAAGUAGCGGAUGAGUUGGUUGACUUGGACGUUCUUCUUACCAGACAUCUGUUGAUUGACGUCUUAAUAUUGUUCACUGCUGAUAACUUAUUCUUAAGAAGCAGUUUCAUAGUUGUUUCAAGAGUUGAGGAGAAUUUAUACAUUGUUCUUCUAAAAUUUUAUAUUAGGAAGUAAAAUAAACUACUGCACAUCUUACAAAAUGGAGGUGCUAGUUUCAUCGCAAGGACAGAAGCAAAAUGUACAGACUUCAUUUCGCAAAUCUUCAUCAAUGAGUUCCCAGAAAGAUCUAUGGCUUAUUGUUCGUGAAGGGUCCUUGGCAGGUGUGGAUUCAGCAUUGGCACUGCUGAAGAGGAAUGGGGGGAACAUUAAUGCAAGAAACGCAUUUGGUCUCACUCCCCUUCAUAUUGCAAUCUGGAGAAAUCAUAUUCCUAUUGUAAGGCGACUUCUGGCAGCUGGUGCUGAUCCUGAUGCUAGGGACGGUGAAUCUGGAUGGAGCAGUCUUCACAGAGCUCUACAUUUUGGUCAUCUUGCAGUUGCAUGUAUCCUUCUCCAAUGUGGUGCCUCUAUCACGUUGGAGGACUCCAAGUGUAGAACACCAAUAGAUCUCCUCUCUGGGCCUGUAUUGCAGGUCGUGGGAGGUGAACCUACCUCAGUUGCCACAGAGUUGUUUAGUUGGGGCAGUGGCACAAACUACCAACUUGGAACUGGCAACGAGCACAUCCAAAAGCUUCCAUGUAAAAUAGAUUCUCUUCAUGGUUCCUUUAUCAAGUUGGUUUCUGCUUCCAAGUUUCAUAGUGUAGCUGUAAGUGCUCAUGGACAAGUCUAUACCUGGGGUUUUGGAAGGGGAGGCCGGCUUGGACACCCUGACUUCGAUAUUCACAGUGGUCAAGCUGCAGUUAUCACCCCUCGGCAGGUGAAUUUUGGUUUAGGUUCCCGCCGUGUGAGAGCAGUUGCUGCUGCCAAACAUCACACGGUUAUUGCCACAGAGGGUGGUGAAGUAUUCACCUGGGGAUCUAAUAGAGAGGGUCAACUCGGUUACACUUCUGUUGAUACCCAACCCACGCCUCGAAGAGUUAGUUCUCUGAGGUCUAAAAUUGUUGAUGUUGCUGCCGCAAACAAACACACUGCUGUGGUUUCUGAGUCUGGUGAAAUUUUUACGUGGGGCUGCAAUAGGGAAGGUCAACUCGGUUAUGGAACCUCUAACUCAGCUUCUAAUUACACUCCUAGAGUGGUUGAAUACUUGAAGGGAAAGGUUUUUGUUCGAGUGGCUGCAGCAAAAUUUCACACAAUAUGUUUGGGGCUUGAUGGAGAGGUUUACACUUGGGGACAUAGGCUUGUUACUCCGAGGCGAGUUGUAAUUGCUAGGAAUUUAAAGAAAAGUGGGAACACCCCACUAAAGUUUCAUAGAAUGAAACGGCUUCAUGUGGUUAACAUUGCUGCUGGGAUGGUUCAUAGCAUGGCUCUCACUGAUGAUGGUGCAGUAUUCUAUUGGGAUUCCUCGGAUGCUGAUCUUAGAUGCCAACAACUAUAUUCACUUUGUGGAAGAGACGUGGUCAGUAUUUCGGCAGGAAAAUACUGGAUUGCUGCUGUUACAUCUAUUGGUGAUGUAUUCAUGUGGGAUGGGAAGAAUGGCAAGGAUAAGCCACCUGUUGCAACACGUUUGCAUGGGGUAAAGAGGGCUACGUACGUGUCAGUUGGUGAAACACAUUUACUGAUUGUUGGUUCUCUCUAUCAUCCUGCCUAUCAUGUCAACGGGAACAAGAUUUCAAAGAACUAUAUUUCCAAUGGCAUGGAUGAGCUAGAUGAGCUUGAUGAAGAUUUGAUGUUUCAUGAUAUUGACUCUGUUGCUGAGCCAUCUACUUCCCCAAAGGUUGCCACUGAACUUCGUUGUGUACCUAGCUUGAAAAGUCUCUGUGAAAAAGUUGCUGCAGAGAGUUUAGUGGAACCACGAAAUGCUAUUCAACUACUUGAAAUUGCAGAUUCACUUGAGGCUGAUGAUUUGAGGAAGCACUGUGAGGAUAUAGCUAUUCGGAACCUCGAUUAUAUUUUUACAGUGGCAUCACAAGCUAUUGCAAAUGCUUCGCCAGAUAUUAUGGCUAAACUUGAGAAGUUGUUAGACCAUAAGUCAUCUGAGCCAUGGAGCUAUCGUCGACUCCCGACUGCAACUGCUACUUUGCCUGUCAUUAUUGACAGUGAAGAGGAGGAUAGUGAGAAUGAGAGUUUAAGGUGCCGAGAGAAUCAUUUGAUGAGUAACAUGACAAACGAAAUGGAACAAAGAUCAGAUUCUUUUUUCCACAAAGAUGACCAAAAGGAAGCCAUUUCCAAACAAAUUCGUGCUUUGCGGAAAAAGUUGCAGCAAAUUGAGAUGCUUGAAUCGAAACAGUCCUGUGGAUAUCUCCUUGAUGAACAACAAAUUGCAAAGCUCCAAACAAAGUCUGCCCUUGAAAGUUCACUUCUGGAACUUGGUAUUCCAGUGGGUACCUUGCAGGCAAAACCAUCCUCAAUGCCACCCGAUGACAAAGGAAAUAAGAACAAUGUGCUAGCAAAAAAACAUAGGAGGAGGAACAAAUGCAAACUAGAGCAUUUGGAAACUUCAGCUGGUAUUGCCAAAUCUGAUGUAGAACCCGCUCAUAUGGAGGAGUUCCGUGAUGUUGAAAUGCCUUCAGUUGCCAGGAAAAAGGGGGACAACACAAUCUUUGAAGAAACAAUUAACAAUUCUGAUGCUCUCGAGUCAUCCACUUGUAUUUCGAUGAAAAGUAAUUCAAGUUUGUUGAAAGAUACAGAAUUGUCAAAGGAUAGGAAUCCAUAUCCAACGGCUACGAGGAAGAAGAAGAAUAGGAAGGGUGGGCUCUCGAUGUUCUUGAGUGGCGCUCUUGAUGAUACGCCCAAAGAGGUAGCUGCACCACCACCAACGCCUAAAAUAGAAGGUCCAGCCUGGGGUGGGGUUAAGGUUGCCAAAGGAUCUACAACACUACGUGAAAUUCAGGAUGAGCAGCGCAAAAUCUUGGGGAAACAGCCGAAUGAGUGUAAAGAUCAGGCUGAUCUCUUGGAUUGUAAAAGUGAAGGGAAAAUCCCCUUAGCUUCAUUUUUGUCUUCCAAACCAAUACCCGUAGUUCCGACUCAAGCUUUUCAAGUUACCGAUGGAGACAGAAACACUCCUCCUUGGUGUGCAUCUGGCACUCCUCCGCCUUCUCGGCCAUCUCUCAGGGACAUUCAGAUGCAGCAGAAAGGAAAAAAACAACAGGUAUUAUUACCGAACAGUCCAAAGGUGAGAACAGCUGGCUUUUCGAUUGCUUCUGGUCAAGGCUCUCCCUCAGAUUCCAACGGAGUAAACCGCUGGUUCAAACCAGAAGUUGACACACCAUCAUCCAUUCGUUCAAUUCAAAUAGAGGAGAAGGCUAUAAAGGACCUGAAGCGUUUCUACAGCAAUGUUAAGAUUGUGAAGAACCCAUCUUGAAAUUGCUACUAAACUGGGUUAGUCAGGUAGCAAUUUAGGUUGUGUGGGUUCUGCCUUUCUAUUAACUGCUGUUAAUGUAACUGUACAAAAUGAGCUCACUGUACAUCCUCAGUCCUAACUCAACUCCUUUUGAUUUUCAAAGUAGUUGACAGUGUAGAUACUUGCCCUGAUGGUGUAAUUUGCAGCCAUCAUGGAGUCCAACCCCAUAAAUUCAGUUCAUUCAAUUGUAAUAAAAUGGGGCAUAUAGAAAAGGUAUUUAUGGUGUUCAUUUUGCUUUAGCUAAAAAAAAUAAAGGAAUACUGUAAGAAGAUAUGCC